CGUGCAGGAGAAGAAGGCGGCGAUGCAAUUUCUAUGCUAUAAAUAGAGCGUGCAAAAAAAAAAAAAAGAAUGAAAAAAGAAAGAAAGAGAGAAAAAAAAGAGAAGAACCCUUCACACAUCUGGUGCACGAGCACUUUUUUUUUCUCUCAAAGCCACCCCCCACCCGUGUCCGCGUCUCGCGCGGAAUGCCGUGGAUCUCUCGGUAUCUCUUUCUUUCGCGCGCACGCACACGCGCGCACACACUCGCUCGCUCUCUCUCUCGCGCGCACACACUCGCUCGCUCUCUUUCUAUCGCGCGCGCGCGCACGCACUCUCUCUCUCUCCCUCUCUCUGUCUCUCUCACACACACACACACACACACACACUCUCUCUUCCUCGCGCUCGGUUUAUUGUUCCUAACCGAGACAGCUCAAUAAAACGUGUCACUGGGAUUAUGGGGAAACUUGUGCGACUUGGCGACGGACAAUAAUCAGACCAUCGGAUGGAUUUUGUGCUCGGAGAAGAAACGAGAGAAAGGAAGGAAGGAAGGAAGGAAAAAACACACACACAGAGACACACACACACACAAAACACGCCGUGUUCUGGAUUACAGCAGCGCGUGAGAUUACUGUAGGAUUUGUAUGAUCGAAACAAUCAAGCGGGAAAAAGAAGAGGAGGAAGAAGAAGAUCGAGAAGGAGGAGAGCAAGAAGAAGGAGAAGAAGAGGAGGAAAUCUGGCAUGGCCACGGCGCGUCGUGUCUCCCGGUUCGGGUUAAAGAAGCACGGCUACACGCCACAUCUCGGCCGACAAUGAUCCGGUUUCACGGUGGAAAGCGGCCCGGUGUUUACGGACACAUCCGGAUCGGCGAAACAAAGAAUCGAUUUGCAUGAGGACAGGAUCCUCCGUUACACACACACACGCACACGCACACGCGCGCGCGCGCACACACACACCUUCAUCACGCCUUUUCCUGAAAGCAAUCAGGUUUAUAAACAGGGAUCCUGUUUGAUUAUUUUUUUGUUUUGUUUGAAAACGGAACCCUUUUUUUCGGCACCGUGGGCUCGAUCCUAAUACCGAUCGAUCGAGGAUUUCGACAUGCCCUUCUCUGAGGAAGCCAUCGGCGGACCACUAUGACUACAGCGGCGAAUUGGGUGGCGAACGGGGCAAGCCUCGAAGACUGCCAUUCCAACCUUUUCUCUUUGGCGGAGUUGACGGGCAUCAAAUGGCGCUGCUACAAUUUUCGUGGUGGCGGCGAAUACGGACCCGUGAUCUCGGCCCCAGCGCAGGAUGACCCGGUGCUGUGCAGCUUUACACGCUGCGUGCAAGCCAACCUGCUGUGUGUUUGGCGACGCAAACUCAAACCUGACGCCAAGGAGCUCUGGAUCUUCUGGUGGGGCGAUGAACCCAACUUGAGUGACAUCAUACACCAUGAGCUUGAAGUGGUCGAAGAGGGACUGUGGGAAUGUGGGCUUUCCUAUGAGUGCAGGACACUCCUCUUCAAAGCUGUUCACAACCUGCUGGAACGGUGCCUCAUGGACAAGGACUUUGUGCGCAUCGGCAAGUGGUUCGUCAAGCCGUAUGAGCUCGAGGAGAAGCACCUCGGCGCCAGCAGUGAGCACCUCUCUUGCUCCUUCUCCUUCUUCCUGCAUGGUGAGAGUAACGUGUGCACCAGCGUGGAGAUCUCACAGCACCAGCCUGUCUACCACAUCACCGAGGAGCAUGUACGCCUGGCCCAGACCUCCAGCAGUCCCAUACAGGUGAUUCUGAGUCCGUACGGAUUGGGUGGAACUCUGACGGGUCAGGUGUUCAAGAUGAGCGAUCCGGCAGUACGCAAGCUGAUGGAAGAGUGGAGCUACUUCUACCCCAUGGCUCUGAAACACAGCAGGGGCGAGCAGGACAGCGACCUCAGCUACGACCCCCACAGCCAUGUCGCUAUGGAGGUCAUUGUGGGUGGUGUGAGGAUGAUCUACCCAGCAGCCUUUGUGCUCAUUGCCCAAGCUGAUCUGCCUGUAGAACAGCCUCCUCCUGCCCAUGGAGCUCAAAGUGGCACUAGAGACUCAUCAAACUGCGGCAUUCCCCUCACCCCUCCCACGUCCCCAGAGCAGCCCUGCUCCGGUGACAGCGGCUUUCAGACCGCAGUCUCCAGCGUGAGCAGUCAAGAGAGCGGAGUCACCCACAGCCCGAAGCAUUCGGAGAAAAAGCUGAGCAAUCAGAUGGUCCACCAAGCAUGGAAGGAAUGUUACAUGAACCAAUUACAGCGCAAAUGCAAUCUGUCGAACGGCAUGGUGCCAAAAAAGGAAGUGACAAGCGAGGUGGCAGUGUGGGACUUCACUGACCCAGGGGAGAGAGCCCCAUGCAGCUGUAACAGGUUAAGGCCACAGUCGAAGCAGCAGCAGCAAGCAAAUGGUUUUUCGGCUAAUUCCCAGCCCAGUACAAACCCCUCAUCCUCUUCCAGCUCUUCUUCUUUAUCCUCCUCUUUACCGCCACCUUCAACACCGAAAAGCAAGACUGCGGACAAAGCAGACAAGUCUGACAAAGUGGCCAAGCGGGCAGCCAUCACCCCCUUCCACCACCGCCUUUCUUUAGACCAGCAGCCAUGCCCGGAGCAGGACGCACCUCCUGGAGCUCAACUGGUACUCGCAGCCUUGGACACUUCUCUGGAUACCUUGCCUGGCUGCAAGUAUCCUAAGCCCAUGUUUACUGGCAGAAAAGGGCCUGAGUCUCUUCUUCAUUCUCCAGUAUCACCACUACCACCUACACUAAGCCCACACCCUAGGGUGCAGGACCCUGAGGUUCUGGAGGUGCCCAUGGAUGUUUCGCAUUGCCUAGAGGGGACUCCUGUGCAUACAGCCCCAGAAAUGAGUGACACUGCUCUGUAUACAGCCUCUCUACUGCCCAGAGAAGCAAGUGGGGGCUGGUGGAAGAGUUACAGGACUCCCAGGGUAGACAAAACUGAGUACAAGCCACCAGAAUUGCCCUACGAUAUGGUGGAAAUUAAAACUGAGGGUGAAGGAACUGCCUUGAAGAGUUUUUUUGCACAGACGCACAAGAGGUUUAAGAUCUCAGAAGAGAGGCUUCAGGAGCAUAUGAGCACUCUGGGAUUUCUGCAGCAGCCGGGAGUUGAAGGGCUUGGGGAAUCCGGUGAAGAUCCUUACGACUUUAAGGAAGGGGACAUCGAGUACAGCUUUCCCACCACCAAAAGAUUGAAGAGCCGGGAUCCCAGUCGGAAAUCAAAGGGAGAGGAGGUCAAUGGCAACAGUGCCGUCCCUGAAGGGAAAGACGCCAUGUCCAUUUUCAUCUCCACUCCUAAAUUCGGAGAGGAAUUGGCUCAGGACGAGUCUGGGGGAAAGGCCAACCCGCCUCUGACCAGAGAGAAAGAUCUGAUAGUGCUCAUAUCUGACUUGGAAAACAUCUUUGGGGAGGAGGAAGAUGAUCUCGGGACCACUUUUACUAAUCAUCAGCAUCCAUCCAAGACUGGAGUGCCAGGGGCUGAAGAGCGCCCCCUGGGGAUUGAUGGGAGAGGAGCAGUGCCAUAUCCCUCAACAGUAGCAGAGCUUCAGCGGAUGUUCCCCACUCCUCCUUCUCUGGAGCAGCACCCAGCAUUCUCUCCAAUCACAACCUACAGAGACACCCCCAGCCAAGAAACCCCAGCACCCUUAGCAGGACACGAGCAUCCCCUAAAUGCACACACCAACAACCAGUUUAGCGAUUUCAGGUCUGAAAUGGAUGAAAAUGUGACAAGCCCGAAAUCAGAGGACAUACGGCCCCAGAUAGGUUGUUCCAUGUUUGCUCCCCUUCGAACAUUACCCAGCCAGUGUCUUCCCCCACUGAAGAUCCCUGAGCAGUGCUACUACAGACCCUCAUGGUCCUUGCUUCCCAAGAUGGAGCCCUACUGCCUUCCAAGCCAGGCAUCUUUUGUACGAGACGGAUAUGUCAAUGUUCCCAGCAUUGGCGCUCUGCAGGACCAAGACUAUGCCCAGAUGAGCACUGGUACCGCCUCUGUUGGCACAGCAGGUGGAGUCUUGCCUUCCCCAGCAACACCGCGUUUUUCUGUACCCACCCCACGCACCCCACGAACUCCACGUGGUGUAGGAACUGCCAGUGGGCAAGGCUCGAUCAAGCAAGAUGGUACAGAGCUCAGCUCACCCAUUUCCACGCCCUCCACUGGUCUACCCCUGAGUUCGGUAGAGCCGCUGGCAUCCGGGCCAGUUUUGCCUGAGGCGCACAGCCUCUAUGUCAUCCUGCUUCUCUCUGAUUCUGUCCUGGAUGUAUUCAAGGACCGCAGCUUUGACAGCUGCUGCAUUUGUGCUUGCAAUAUGAACGUGAAGGGUGCAGAUGUGGGUAUUUAUAUUCCCGACUCCACCCAAGAGGAUCAGUACCGCUGUAUGUGUGGCUUCAGUGCCAUCGCUAACCGGCGUCUGGCGCACGGUGCCGGACUCUUCCUUGAGGACGAGCUGGACAUCUUUGGCCGCGGCUCUGAGGCAGGACGGGCGGCUGAGAGGAGGCUGGCACUUGGCAGGAGAGACACGCCUACUGGUGGGAGGCGAGCCCAGGAGCAGACACCAUUGGAGGUGCUGGAACUGAUUCAGGAGCAGUGUUCCCAACCAAUCUUAUCUGUGGCAUCGCUGCAUAGUCCUGCUGCUUGUUCUUGCCGUAACAGACAGAGGGCGCUGUUGCAGAGUUGGGUAGCUGAUCGGCUUUGGGCAGACAGUAGCGAUGCAUGUGUGGAGUGUUACAACGCUCUGGUGCAGGGGCUGCAGUACGUCGACAAUGCAGCCGGUGGAAAAGUGGAGCAAGCCUUAGUGAGGAGCAGCGCCCUGCACUCCUGGCCUCACACGAAUGUGUUGGAUAUCAGCAUGCUGUCCUCUCAGGACGUAGUACGCAUGCUGCUGUCUCUACAGCCUUUUCUGCAAGAUGCUAUUCAGAAGAAGCGCACUGGCCGGACUUGGGAAAACAUACAGCAUGUGCAGGGCCCACUUACUUGGCAGCAGUUCCACAAAAUGGCUGGACGAGGUUCCUACGGUUCUGAGGAAUCUCCUGAACCGCUCCCCAUUCCCACACUGCUAUUGGGGUAUGACCGAGAUUUCAUGGCCCUUUCCCCUCUGGCUCUGCCCUUUUGGGAGAAGUUGCUUCUGGAACCAUAUGGGGGUCAGAGGGAUGUUGCAUUUCUUGUCCUCUGCCCUGAUAAUGACAUCCUCCUUGCUGGAGCCAGAACCUUUUUUCAGGAGCUUAGUGCUGUCUAUGAGUCUUGUCGGUUGGGAAAACACCAUCCACUGGCCCGAAUGUCCAGAGAUGGCAUUGUACCAGUAGGGCCAAUGGAGUCUGAGAAGUUGGCGGAGAAUGGAGGAGAGAUGGAUGAGUGGAUGACAAGGCCCUGGGCAGGUCAAUACCGAGAGGAUCAUUUAAACAAACUCAAGCUCUAUGCUCAAACCUGCAAGCAGAAAUUAUCCCCACAGCUCUCGACUCUGUCAUUAGACAGCAGCCUACUCGUGCCCCCGAAACCCCAACCUAGCUCAGCUCCUGUCCCUACCACCCAGUUGAACCCCAGCACCGGGGCCCCUGAAGGAGAAACAGCAGCAGCAGCUGCAGGAGGAGUCUCUGGAACAGGAAAUACGCCCACACCAACGAAUACCAGCGCUAGCCAGGCCAGCACAGAAGGUGCAGAUACACAAAGUGUCACUAAUACAAUGGCAAACCAGCAAAGCCAUCCAACAGAGAGUGCUGAGAGCUUGGCAGAGCGAGAGCGAAUAGGCAUUCCCACGGCGCCGCAGUCUGCCGAUAGCCAUGCCUACCCACCAGCCAUAGUGCUGUACAUGGUGGACCCCUUUUUGUGCUCCGGCUCAGGAGUGGGGUCAGGUGAGGAAGAGGAAACAGAAGAGGUGGAGUCACAUAGCAUGUGGUUGCUGGCGCUUCUGCGCUGCUAUACAGAUAUGCUGAGCACACUGCCAGAGAAUUUACACCCAGCGCUGGUGUUACAGGUGGUGCCAUGUCAGUACCUGUUGCAGCCAGCCAGUGGUGAGAGUCCUCUGUACCUGCAGCACCUUCGGUCUUUGGCUUUCUCUGCCCAUUCACAGUGCAGGCGCCGACUUCCAACACAGACACACAUCAAGUCGCUCACAGGCUUUGGCCCAGCUGCUACCAUUGGUUCUUUGUUCAAGAGCAUGGAGAACCCGAGCUCUAUGCAAGUGUACUCUCCUCCGUUUGUCCUGGCCCCCCUGCGCACUAAGCAACCGGAUAUAGGGGAGGAAGCUACCACACGCAACAAUGUGCUCUUUGUGGGAUACUGUCUGUCCCAUGACCAACGUUGGAUUCUUGUGUCUUGCACUGAUCAGCAGGGGGAGCUACUAGAGACCUGCAUUAUCAACAUUGAUGUCCCCAACAGGUCUCGGCGCCCCAAGUUUUCCCCACGCAAAAUAGGCCUGCAGAAACUGUGGGAGUGGUGCAUCGGGAUCAUCCAAAUGACAGCAAUUCCUUGGAGGAUUGUGAUCGGGCGAUUGGGUCGAUUAGGUCACGGCGAACUGAAAGACUGGAGUCUGUUGCUGGGUGAACACUCUCUGCACUCGAUUAGCAGGCAGCUGCGGGAGGCAUGUCGCAUGUGUGGCAUUUCAGCCGCUGAUUCGCCAUUCAUCCUCAGUGCCUGCCUCGUCUCCAUGGAGCCCCAGGGGUCCUUCGUGAUCAUGCCUGAUGCUGUGACAAUGGGAUCAGUGUUUGGUCGCAGCACAGCUCUCAACCUGCAGACGUCUCAGCUCAACACUCCACAGGAUGCUUCCUGCACCCAUAUCCUUGUCUUUCCCACAUCCUCCACCACGCAAGUGGCCCCAAGUUCCUACCCAACUGAGGACAACCCAGAUGAUAUAUUUGGCCUGCCGUUCACGGACGACCUGGAGAAAGACAUUGAGCACGAUAUGAUGUUGAUCACCGGAAACCUUCACGCUUCCCCUAACACUUCUCCUGUGCCUUCCCCCGGCUCCCCCUCUGGUCUGGGGGUGGGCUCCCACUUUCCUCACACACGGUGUCAGGGUGAGCGGUUGUUGUCUCGAGAGGCUCCUGAAGAGCUGAAGCAGCAGCCCCUGGCUUUAGGCUAUUACGUCUCCACUGCUCAGGCAGAAGGACUGCCUCACUGGUUCUGGGCUUCGUGUCCUCAAGCGCAGAACCAAUGUCCACUCUUUCUCAAGGCCUCUCUGCACCACCACAUCUCCAUAGCUCAGACAGACGAGCUCGUCGCCAGCAAGACGUCCCAGAAGAACCCACAUCCACUGGACUCCAAAACCACUUCAGAUGUGCUCAGGUUUGUGCUGGAGCAGUACAACGCCCUCUCCUGGUUAACCUGCAGCCCGGCCACUCAAGACCGCCGCUCCUGCCUUCCUGUGCACUUCGUCAUCCUCACACAGAUGUACAACGCCAUCCUGAACAUCUUAUAGGACUAGUGGAGUGAGGCCAGCACACCUGGAUGCAGCUGCGUGCCUCUGAAAUGGGUGUUUGGGCCCAUUGUUCUGAAAUGUAGCCAUCAUUCGAGGGUUGAGGUUCGAAGAGGAAACUGUUUGCUCUAGCACUGCCUUUCUUUACGCAACGGAUUUCUGGAUUUCUGGGCUUUUGACUUUGAACCAACAAUGGCAGCUUGUGCUAUCCAUAGAGGCCAGUCAUCUUUUUUUUGUGUUUUUUGUUUUUUUUUGGUGGAAGCAUGCGACCAUCUCAGAAAUAAGCAUAGUACAAUCACUACCCUUUAACUCUCAGCUGCUGACUGGAGGAAAAGGGUUUUGAAUCUUGCACUUUUUGGAUAAACAAAUCGAGCUUCAGAUGGCAGCCAUACUUUUUAAACGUCUUUUCUUUUUUCUCCUCUUUCUCCAUUUAAGACCCUAGAAAAUUGGGCUGGCUGGAAGAAUCAUUCAGUAAUAACACUAUGGAUGCUAACAUCAUCUCAGAAGGCCUCUGGUUGCUAAUGUAUCAGCAGUUUUAUCUCUUGCCCACAAGUCAUGCAAAUGUGGUCUACAGACAUGGAUGGAGCAACUGGUUGACCUGAUUCGAAUGCUAUUUAUAUUACAAGCAAUUUUUCCCACAAUUUUUUGCUUGGAUUGGUUCUGUUUUGCUAGACAGCUUCCCUUCAUAAGUCUGACAUUCAGCUGUUUUAAACACUACUCAGUUUGACUCCAAAUUCAUCAAUCAAUUCCACAUAUUCAAAAAUUCCCCUAUUAUAUCUGAAUCCGAUCCAGUGGCCUCUUAUAAGAUACAUAGCUAAUCUAGGACCACAUUUGAAAGAUGUUCAAGUCUGAAGCAGUAGCACGGUGGUUAAGAUGUUGGAAUUAUGAUCAGAGGGUCAUGAGUUCAAAUCCCGCUUCCAAGCUGCCACUGGUGGGUUCGAGCAAGGCCAUUAAUCCUUGCAUUAGUGAGUUGCCCCGGAUAAGGGAUCUGUCGGUAGAUCAAACUACUAUAGUCACAAAAUUAUUGCGACCCAAAAAAAACAGAUUUGUGCCGUCAAUGUGAACAUAGGCCAAGGUUCUGGUACAGCAACAGCCAUUUUCCCACAAGCCUUGAAUCUUCAUGGAACACACACUCAUUUCUUUCUACGGCCUGAACCAAUAUGCAAGAGACUCUCUCCAUCGCACCCCAAACUGCCCACGGUGUGUAAUCAGCCCAUAGUCUAAUGGACCAGCAAGAGAAGCCCAGCUAAACUUUUUUUUUUUGUAAUCUAUUGUACAAAGCUCUUCUGAUGAGAUCUCUCUCAAAUUUGUACUUUAAGCUGGACCCUCGAGAGAGAAAACGCAACGGACUUCGUUUAACAAUGGCACUUUCUCCCUCGCGACCCUGAUGUACAUAAAUUUGCCAGCUAAUAUUUGACAAUGAAAUCGAAAAACUCUUGUUUAUAGUGUAGACUUUGCAGAGAAUUAUUUUUAUGAAUGCAAGCAAAAAAAAAAAGAAUUGACUAAUUUCCUUUUUUUUUUUUUUUCCUUCUUUUUCUUUUCCAAAAUUCAAAUCGAGAGCAUCAAGAUGGUAAUUUUAAAGAGGAUUGUACAACAAAAAUGUUCAAAUGCCAUAUUUAUAUAUUAUAUAUCCCAUUGUAUACAUUUACAUUUAUAUCAAAUCUCUUUCUAGCUACCACAAAAAAGGGGGAAUAUUGUGUAGGGAUUUACAUAAAAAGAAAAAAAAGUCUUUCAGGAGACAAAACAGAAUAAAGUGUUUAUGAAAUGAAUGCAUUAAGUUGCCUAUUUUUUAUUUACACUCGUCUUUUUUUGCCUUUUAAUUUAAUGCGUUAAGUUAAUAGCUGAACAAUGCAGAAAUGAUAUAUUUAUGAAGUGUUUUUCUAUCACUGCAAAAUGAACUUGAACUAGGCAAUAGAUCGAAUUCAGUGUAAAUGAACAUGAAACCUAUUGUACAUUUGAACUAAUAUGCAUUAUUUGUAAGGCAAGUCUUUAAAGAUGUCAAAAUUGAACCAUCAGAAAAAAGGCCUGUUUCUUAUUCAUUCACAAACGUUGCCCUGUAAUUUGUAUACUUCCUUGCAUGUUUGUAUAUACACUUUUCAGCAGUGUUUUUUUUUUUUUCCUCUCCUCCAUAUUUUUUUGAAGCUGUACAUUUCAUGGCAUUAUUGAAUUUAUUUUAUUUUUUAUUCUACAUGACUCCUAUGAAGUUUUUUUUUUUUUUUGAGAUAAAAUUAUACAGUAUAGCCACCUAAUUCAAAUACAGCCAAGGGUGCAUUGCCAAGACUUAUGUAUACUAAGGACAAAUACUUUUGGGGCAGGUUUGUUACACCUACCAUCAUUUUGAAUAUUUAGCAGAUCUGUCUCUGGGAAAAAAAAAAGGAUCUGUAACUUUUACACUUUUUUUUAAAGUAAAUUAUUCAAAUCUGAA